ACUCAGCUGCCGCUUCGAGCCUUCGGCUCCCAGUUCCCACCUGGUUUCCCGGAACUCGAGUCUGGCUGGUUUCCAGGUCCCGCUUUUCCCCUCAGUCACGAGGGGCUGGAAAGAGCCGCGAUCUGCUCCAGCCGGGAGCCAGCGAGCCCCGCCCGGGACCUGCUCCCGCGCCGCUCGCCCGGGGCCACUUUCACUCUCCGCCCACCGGGAGCUUCAUAAGGAGCCGCGGAGAGACGCCACCGCCCGCCCCCUCGCCCGCCGGGCCCGCAGCCGCGCCGAGCGGUGACAGCCUCGCGAUGCUCUCCCUGUUCUCCGGCACACAGAGCGAAAGAGAGAGGCUCGUGCGCGCCAGCCAGUCCCUGCUCGACUCCCUGGAAGGAUGCAUCUCGGCCACCCACGCGCUGCUCGGCCUCCUCAACCAGCACCUUGACACCAGCGUGUCCCUGGAACCGGUGGGGGGCAGCGUCGGCGUGGGGGAGAGCCUGGAGCGCCUGCUGCGGGCAGCGCAGGAGAUGCACGCCGCGGCGGAGCAGACGGACAGACACGUGCGGAAGAACGCCAGCCGGGACCUGUACGCCCGCCUGGCCUCCCCCCACACCCCGCUGCAGGAGAAGGGGGCCAUCGUCCGGGACUUCCACCAGGCCACCAUGGGGAUCUUCGGCAGCGUGGGUGGCCCUGUGGUGGCCGUGCUGCUGCAGAAUGCCGGCCUCCCCGAGCGGCUGGAGGCGGCUCUGCGGGAGGCGGAGGCCUCCCCGGUGCUGCGCCUGCCGAUGGACGCCCUGCUCCGGAGCAGCGAGGAGAUCGCCAGGGCUGUUUCCGCUUGUGCCACCCCUGGGGACCCAACUGGGGAAACGGCUGCAGAGCCCCCCGAGAAUGGCCCCGUCUCUGGGACCGGCAUGGUGCAGAGUCUGGGCGACCACCUGCCCGAUGUCCUCACGGGGCGUCGUGCUAGGAACGCCCUGGCUGCGGCCGCCCGGCACCUGGAGGAGGCGCUCCAGGCGCUGGCACCGGCCUGCAAGUCUUUCCAGUUGGUAGCUGCCGCGGCUGAGGUCUACAUGGCCCUGAUCUCGGAGCAGCAGCCGGGAACGGGAGAGGGGCCGGGCCAGAAUCCUGCCGGCGUCGCCCAUUGAGCUGCGCAGGCAGAGCCAGGACAGCGCCCCCUGGCCGCGGCACACGCACGGGCAGGCUUUGCACCGGGCUCUGCGCCGGUUAAUGAGCCCGGCAGCGCCCAGCAUGUGGGGCUGGCAGCCGGGAACCGCAGCAAAUAAAGGGAACUGAGCAAAACCGCAGGCCUGAGUCGUACUGGUUUGUCCCGGCUGGUGAGCUGGGCCAACGGCCCUAGAACCAGGCUCCCCUCCCGGCCCCUGGUGUGACUCCGGAGUAACUUGGGCGGGGGGGGGACAAUGGGGCCAAUUCCCCUCUCUGAUGUAAAUCAGGAGUAACUCCACUGAUGUCAAGGUGCCAAUUCCCCUUCACUCUGGUGUAAAUCAGGAGAAAGUCAGGAGAGGGGGAGCCUCAUAAACCUGAACCACAAAUG